ACCCCCUACUCUUAAACCCCCCCCCCCCAAGCCCGACCUGACCCAAAUGAAAGUAAUAAGUGCUGAGUCUGUUGAAAACUUUGGAAUUAAACUGUUGAUUUGAUAAUCACAGCUGUAAGGAUCUUGGGAAAUUCUUAUAAUUCUUCAACAGUGUAUGUUGUUUGCACAGAUUUUCUUUCAUUGUGCUGAGAAUGAGUUGAAUAAUAAGAUAUUGCAAAAUGGGACCUGAAUUAGAGAACAAGCAAAACACAAACAUGAUUUUUGAGGGUUCGGCAAAGAAGCAGAAGGGAAGUGAUUCUAAAGAACUUGAAGCUAGUUAUGUAAAUUGUGCUAGCAACUUUCAGGACUAUACCUCUUUGGUUGAACAAGUAAAGGAAGUCCAUGUCACUGAGGACAAUGAAAUUGAUAUAACAGGAUGUACAGAUCCUGCUGAUAAUGUGCCGGUGCAAUCAGAUAAGGAAGAAUUGACGGAGAGUUCAAGUUCUUUUGAGAGUAUUAUUUCUGAAGCAGAGAAUUGCACGACUAUGGAUGGCACCGAGUGUACAUCAGAAUACAAUGGUGAUGCUACAUCAGAACUAGCAUUCACUGGAUUUGGUGACAUAUUUAGGAUGAUGAGAAAAAAGGUGACCCCUCAUUGGAGAGACUUUAUACAACCUCUGAGGCAGCGAUGCAAGUUGAUUGAGUUGAAACUCCAUAUGCUUCAGUCUCAAACUCGGAAAUAUGAGAAACAAUUGCGGGACAACAACCACCAGAUGAAGCUUCAAAUGGGAAGUGUUCGAUUGGAAGAUUUAGGUUCAAAGUCAAUUCCAUUUUCUUGUAAUAGUUUAAGAGAUAAGAUUGUGAAGAGAAAGAAGAGAAGAAGAACUGAAGACACAUUGGAUAUAGCAGCUUAUAUGUCUCAUCAUCCCUUGUUUUCUUUUUUUGAAAAAAGGUCAAGUGCCGAUGGUUCUUUUCUGGAUAAUGAGUUGGACAAAAUAGCCAUCUGCUCUGACAAGAUCAAUGAUGAGUUUGGGAUUCAAGAUGACUUGCACCAACAGCCUGCUGAUGGUGAUACUUCCCUAGAGAAAAUACUUCACAAUAUUGAGGUUCUUCAGUCACAAGUUAUCCAGCUUAAAACUAGACUUGACAAGGUAACAAGUGAGAACGUUGGGUUGUUCUCAAGCACUGAUGACUUGAAAUCGCUUCUACCAUCUAAUGCUUUGACCAGCUCUGCUCGAGGCUCUGAGUUUCUUCAGGAGAACCGGGUCAAAAUGCCAGUAGGAUCGCAUGAUGUUGUAUCGCAGCUGAUAUCUGAGUAUAAUAUGGUUAUGCCUGACAGUGCAGCUUCACGCCAUGGAAAAGCAGUGAAUGUCUCUGAUGUGAUUGAAAGCACAGACCGUUCCUUACUUUUGGAUACUAACACCAAUCCUGAAGAUGGCGUUCUAAUCUACAAUCAAAGAAUGAAGGAAGAGAUGAGUAAUUUUGAGGAACUCAAGAUUCAUCCUGUGGAAAAGCCUCCGGUUUUAGAGCAUGUCCAGAAGGUUACCAUCCCAGCUAGUGUUCCAGAACCAGAUCCAGAUCUUCCCCUGGAUGAUCAACCGGCUCCAAAAAUUCGCUCUAUUUCCAAGAUUACUGCUCCUAAGAGCAAGAAGAGGAAGGCUCGACGGAGAGCUGGUAAACGGAAUUACUGAUCUUCAGCUUAAGCUUUUGUGAUUGCACAGUAUAUAUCUGAUUCAAUGAUCUAGUAGAAGUUGAUUUCAAUUCCCUACUUUUCUUGGAGUUAUUACCAACAUGUAAAUGCGACUCAAAUCUGUUGGAACUCAACUACUCCUGCAAAUGCACCAAAUGACAACUAUUCCUCAAUCUCAAUUCUGUUAAUAUUUUUUU